AUGCUUAAUGUGUCGAUAGAUCUAGCAAUGAGCCCCAUCCUAUUUAUCUUUGCUUUACAUAUCAGUGGUAGCGGCAUAGGGUCUGUGAGGGGAGCUCAGAGCAAGGACUCUGUGGCCGAAAACAUUAAUACCCCAACACCCAAACCUUCUCCCAUUAUUACACCUGAAAGUUCACCAACUUAUGGGACCUCCAAUCAGGCCAUCUUACCCACAUCUCCAAGGAUUGUUUCACAUCCUAUGGAUAAUCCUAAGACUAGCAGUCUUCAGCUAGCGGAUACUCUAGUUGAGGUGGAAAUUCAACCAUCAAACAUUGGUAGUGGCCCUACUAAUAGGAGGAAAUCCACAUUCACUAGAAAGGGUAGAAGUAAGAUGGAGGAUAAAGCUGCUGUGAUGCUUAUUGAUCCUUCUGAGGUUGGUAUAUCUGCCCUGUUGGGUAAAGGAGAAAGAAAAUGGGACAAUGAGCUUAUCUAUCAGACAUUUGAACCAGAAGAUGCUUCUAAAAUCCUUAGUAUUCCCCUUUCAGAGCAUAGUGGUUCAGAUAAAUUGAUAUGGCACUGGAGUCCUAAAUGCACCUUCUCAGUUAAAGAAGUUGCUGCAUUAUCUGAUGGAGGUGGUAUUAAUGUGAGCUGUUUGGUCGAGUCCAGAGGUUCCACACCCAUUCUUUGGCAAGAGAAGAUGGAGCAGACAUGCACACAGGCACAAGCAGUCAUAUUUGCUAUCAGAUGGAGCCUAAAAAGAGCUCAACAAAAGAAGUGGUCAGGUUUCACAUGUUUGCUGGAUUCUCAAGCCAUGGUGGAUGCUAUAACCAGGAAAGCAGAACUUCAAGGAAUAGAGAACUCGGUCCAAACAGAGAUGUUUGAUCUAAUUUCUGCUAGGCAGCCUUUGAGAGUGGGGUCAUGGCUCACUCGUAUUGCUUGUGUGUAA